CACAGAACAGGAAGUGCUCAGGCCUUGAAGUUACCGUAACUGUGUCAGUGUUUGGGCCAUAGAACACAUGUGUGCAGCUGCUAAACGCAGAGGCUGUGCAGUGCAGUAAAUGUGAGGUUUUUAUGGUGAUCGGGGGAUGGGCCUAACCGCAGACCCGGGAACACAAAGGUCUGCAGACUCAUGGAGGAGACACAGUGAGACGGAGCUCUGCACAGUUGGGAUUUUAUCGCCUAUUUUGGUGUUUUCGCCGAUUUUUUUUUUUCAUUCGGUGUUGUUUUUUUACUUUGUCUUUCGCCGCGACCUGCCUGUUUGAACCGUAUUUUAGCCCGUUUCUCUGCCGUGUUUUUCCUUUUUCUUCCUUUCCAAACAUGUUGAGGACUUCGGCCAGAAUGAAAGCAGUACCCAUCAGAUUCAGGGACGCAGAUGGAGGCAAUUCCGAUUCCGAUUCGGAUUCAGAGAUUUCUUCUGAUGAAAACUCACCACCGUCACCAGAGGCCCGUACCAGCCCCCCGAAAAAACGAGGCCGGGGUCGCGGACGUAGGCGUGGCUGUGAAGCUGAUGGCGAUGCUUCUCGCAGCCGUUCACCACAUCGUUCAGUGGCUUGGAACACAGAUGCAGACCCAGAUGUUUCUGUCCCUGAACCUCUGAGGUUCACCCCAAGAAGAACUCCUGGUGCUCAACCUCCUCUCGAUGCUGCACAAUCACCAGGGGAAAUUUUCUUCAACUUUUUUGAUUACGAAGUCCUAACUCUCUUAUGUACCAACACAAACAAGUAUGCUGCACAGAAUUUAGAAGCGGGCAAAAAAUUUGUCUGGAAAGAAAUAGAGCCAAAAGAACUACGGACCUACCUGGGCAUGUUACUUUACAUGUCAGUCUGCAAUUUUCCGAAACUUACAGACUUGUGGAGGAAAAACACAAUUUUUCAUGUUCCUUUUCCUGCCACUGCUAUGACCAGAGACCGGUUUAUGACCAUAAGUCGUAACCUUCACAUCAGUGAUCCAGCAGAAGAUGCAGUCAACGAUAAAAAAAGGGGCACAGAAGACUAUGACUCCCUUCAGCAGGUCAGACCUCUCCUUGAGUUAAUAAGGAAUAGCUGCAGGAGGAGUUACCACCCAAAGCAGCAUCUUUCUGUCAAUGAGAGGAUGGUAGCUAUCAAGCAACAUAAGUCAACUAAGCCCACCAAGUGGGGGCUGAAAUUUUUUGUACUUGCUGAUAUCAAUGGCUACACUGUCGACUUCACUCUGUACACUGGGAAAUCGAAAACAACAUCAGGGAAGGGAUUAGCUUUUGAUGUGGUUACAACAUUGGUAGACAAAAACCAUCUGGGAUCGGGUUACAUUCUCUACUGUGACAACUUCUACACCAGCCCCUCCCUCUUCCAGCAUCUCAAAAAGCAGGGCUUUGGGGCUUGUGGAACGUACAGACGCAACACAGCGGGUACUCCAUCCACUGAGAAAAACGCUCUGCAUAAAAAAUCACCAAGAGGCUCCAUUCGAUGGAUCAGGGAGGGUGACCUUUUGUUUAUAAAGUGGAUGGACUGUCGUGAAGUGUCCCUCUGUUCCACCAUCCACUCUGCAUACAGCGGGGACACAGUGUUACGCUGGAGGAAAGAUGCAGAAGGACAUUUUGACAGGGUCCCCGUCCCCAGACCCACAGCUGUGACAGAGUUUAAUAAGUACAUGGGUGGAAUUCACUUGUCAGACCAGAUGCUAGGAACAAAUUCAGUCCAUCGCAAAACCACAAGAUGGAACGUAACAGUUUUCCAGCAUCUUCUGGACAUUGCGGUGACCAACAGCUACAUCAUCCAUAAAGAACUGUGCGCCGGCAAAAAGCAGAAACCUAAGACUCGCCAGGCCUUCCAGGAGGAGGUCACCGCAACGCUACUAGGCGUUCGCUUGGACGGCAGAAUAGCGCCCCCUAACACAGGACACUUUCCUACCCCCACUUCCACUGUAGAUCUGGAAAAGAGGCACAAGGCGAGCGUAGGACGGAGACGGUGCACCCUCUGCAAGAGAACCACUCCUUGGAAGUGUCAGGAGUGCACGGUCGCACUUUGUUUACAGCUUAAGAGGAACUGCUUUAUGGAGUUUCACAAGGAGCCCCAGAAUGCACCAUUAGAUGAUCCCCCUGAAGAAGAACCCACGGAGCAACCAUCAGAGCAACUCCUGGAACAACCAUCAGAGCAAGUUCAGGAGCAACCACCAGAGCAACUCCAAGAGCAACUCUUGGUGGAACCCAAAGAGGAACUAGAAGAAGAACCCAUAGAUGAACCCAAAGAGAAAUUCAUAGAGGAAACCAAAGAAGAAUUCAUAGAAGAACCCAAAGAAGAAUUCAUAGUCCAAACGCUGUAGCAACCCCAGGGCGAAUUAAAGAGAAAAAAACUGGGCCAAAAUUCACAUAUUUGUUGUUUACAGUGUUCUAUAGUUCAUAUAUUAUAUUCAUAUACAAGUGCCUCAUUUAGUAAAAAUCUGUAAAAAAGAAAAAAAAAGAAAAAAAAAAGAAAGAAUUGGAAUAGGAAUUGAAUUUUUACAGGGCUUUAUUAAAUAAGGGAAUUAGAAUAUACCUCAAUAAAAGAUUGAGGUUGUUCAACAAGUAUUUGAAUUUUGAAUCAGUACUUUUUGUUUCGGAGCUCUUUUUUGUCUAAACCAGUCCAGCUGUUUUUUUAACACCUGACUGAACUCCAUAAAGCAGUUCCUUUCCAGCUGUAAACAAAGCCUUCCACUGCACUGCUGACACUUUCAUGGACGGUUUCUGUUGCGGACGGUGCACCGUUUCUUUUCUACACUGGCGUUCUGCCUCUUUUCCAUCUCUCCAGUGCUUGUAGAUCUGCAGAUGUGCCAUCCAAGUGAACACACUAAUACUAAUAACAUAACAUUCUAUUCAUUUAUUGGUUUUUCAUGUAAGUUUUGUCUUUGUUUUUUGUCGUAAACAAUUGACUGAAUUCUGGGUGUGCUGCUCCCACUGAUGUGUAGCUUCCCAAACUAUUAAGAUACAACCUCUAAAUUAUUCAGUUUUAAAAAUUACUAAAUAGAAUGUGAAUAAUAUCAGAAUAGAACUUUAAUAUUGAGGUUCCAUGUGGAUUCCCUUCAUCCAGCUGGGACUGUGAAAGGCAUGGACUUGUUCUUGUGUAGUCAAUGAUACAGAUAAGAUGCAUAUGUAAUAUAACAAUUAGUCCAAUUCUUGUUCUGAUCAUCUGUUUUGCAUCCAAAAUAUAGGCAGCAGCAGAAAUUAUGUGCAUCGUUUACACAGAUUUGAGGUAUUUUGGCUUCUGAGGGAAAAUAUCACGCGAUUAUUCCUUGGAAAUGUUUAAUAAUGACACUUUGACAGCCACCAGAUGUAAAUGUAUGAUGCACAGAUCUGGCCAAGGCAAAUGUACUUUAAUCAAUGACCAGUAAAUUACACUUAGUUAAUCUUUUGUGCUAUUUUCAUUGUUCUACUGCACUUUACAGAGAAGUUACAUUAGACAAAUAUACUCGCCUGUCUGUAGAUAACUAAACAUCUUUAUUGUGAAAUAUCUUGAAAACUUUCGUAACCCAGCACCUUUAUCACCCGUUUAGUAAUUCAUCUAAUCAAAAAUAUGUAAGAGUCAGCACCUUGAAGCCUUGAAGGUCGAUCAGUGUUAUAUUAGCUCAUGCAUCUAUGCAUCUGAAUGUACUGUUUAGUUCUAUUCACAUGUUAUAAGCUUAAGAGAAGGGAGAUAAAACACAACAGAGAAAGUAAAAGCAGAGUAAUGGAAAGUAUUUUAACAAGCAAACUGAAGCAUGAACCAAAGUGCAGCUGCUAAUUCAGCACAUUGUCACAUUAUUCCUCUGAGUCCCUAUGAUACUGCCAAUUCUAUGCAAACGAAACAAUAAAAUGCAGUUUUCUGUUUCA